CGGUUUUUACUUUCAUCGCAACGGUUGAGCAGCGGUCGUCAUCCAAAUCCCAAGCAGAUAUCCAUUGAUUAAAUCACAUGAACUAAAUACUAGAACGAUGACAGCGAGAAGUGAGAUUCGCAACUUCAAGCAGACAGCAAAUAAAACGUGAAAAAUCGAAAGCAAAACAGAAGAAGAGAAAAUGCAGGAGAGUAUUUAGAGGACUCAACUGCAACGACAUCAAGCUAAAGUUUAGGCUCGAGUAGCAGUAAGAUCCAAGUGAGCAGCAGAUCCAAGUGUGCCAGACACUAUGUCAAGGACAAAAGGACUGGGCGUGUUGCUUGUGCUCCUGGUCGCUGGCCAACUGGCUGCAGCGGUCAAUCAAACUGAGCCUGAAGCCACAAACAGCUCGGAGCCAGUCAAGGCCUUGGCCUCCACAGCGCAGCUGCGAGACUUUGCGGCGCAUCACUUCAGCAGCCGUAACAACAUCACCAUCUUGCAUGAGGUGGACGACGACGAGGAGGAGGAGGAGCCCCCUCUAACGCUCAACACUCACGAAGUGCUGCCACAGAAGCCGCUGAAGAAGAAGCCCUAUCUGCCGCUGGAGAAGCUGCUGCCCAGCAUUGAGUAUGUUAAGCCGCAUCCGCUUAAGGAGUACGAACUGCAUCCGGUUACAUUUGACUUUAACUUGGGCGACCUGGAGGACCUGGAGCAUGAGGUGAUCAAGAAGGGUGACCUCAGCAGCGAGGAGCAGCACGUCCUCAGCAAUGGCAAUGCACCCGAGCUGAGCUACAAGCCCACAAACCCUGAUGACAGCGACACCGUCGAUGUGGACAUAUCAGCGCUGCCCGAGUCUAGCUUUCAGCCAACCACAACCGCCACUUCAACUACAACAACGGCAGCAGCAUCGACAACAGCUGCAACGACAACAACAACAACAACAACAGCAACAGCAGCAGCAGCAGCAACAACAACAGCAGCAACAACCACAACGAGCAGCACCCACAUACUGAAGAUUUUGAAAAACAAGCCCUCUCCCAAGAAGGGCAGAGAGCUGCUGAAGCAAAGUGAUGACGAGCUGCAGCUGAAGACCCUGGGCAGCACCAUCAAUAGCAUCAGCCACUACCUGGGCAGCAAUGGAACGGCGAAUGCGAACAGCAGCACCAUGGCCGAGAGCCUUUAUGGCUCGGCCAACUACUUUCAGAUCGUGACCAAUCUGUACGAUCACUUCUACUGGCAAAUCUCUGAGAUCCGAACCAGCGUGCGCACCGGCUGCGGCCUCGAGAUGCAGGCCUACCUAACCGGACUGCACUCCAGCUACGAGUGGGCACAGAAAGCGUACGAUGCCUCGGGACGCUAUCGGGGUCAGCUGCUGUUCGGGAAUGACAAGUGGCUGGGGCAGCUGACAUUCUGCCUGGAACUGAACCGUCAGCUCUCUGGUAGCGGGGAACGGAAGCACUUUGAGCUGGAGUUCUAUGUGGCUGAUAUUUCGCUGCAAAUGCCACGCCUCAAUCGGACGCAGCAGCUUCUCAGCCUGGGCGAGUGCCUGCCCAAGUCCUGCUCGGCGCACGAUGUGCAGUCGAUACUCUCGCUGGACCCCUAUGCACGGAUGCUGACCAUGCUUGGAGCGCACAACGCCAGCGCCCAGCAGCCGGCCCUUCAGGUGCUGCGCGUGCGCACCGUGCCUGGACUAUAUAGCCACUGGCGACAGCUCAAGUUCCAGGUGUUCAUAAGCUUUCUGCUUACCCUGCUGCUGGUGAUGAUCGUGGCCACCUACUACCAGAUGCGCAUCGAUGAGCGUCGCCUGGUAGCGGCGCCGAUACCCGCGAUCAGCGCCAAAUGCGAUGCCGCCAGCAAGAGCGGGGACUACGAGGCGGCCUACUACGGCAAGCCCUUCGAGCUCUUUCAAAUGCGACCGCUGAGCAGCAAUGGGCUUGUGGCAACGGACUCGACGCUGGACGCGCACGUCGAUAUGAAUGGCAAUCGGCAACGGCAUCCGGAUGCAGCUACCAACUCAGCGGAGGCGAUGCACGGCGAGAGCACAGCCUCCACGUCGGUGGCCUCUGUAGUGGGCGUGGCGGGCAAACAGACGGACAAGAAUGAGAUGACGGACUACCAGGUGGAAACGGGCAGCUGUGCAGGCGUGGCGGGCACCUACGAAGCCGAGCAGCCCAUAGCACUGCAUCAGCAGCUGUUGCUGUGCUUUGCACUGCAAACGAAUGCCAAGGCCAUACUGAACAUAGACAAGAACAAGGAGACGCACACAUCCUGUUUGCAUGGCCUACGCGUCUUCUCCGUACUCUGGACCAUGAUGGUGCACACGUAUUUGCAAAUGUUUGCGAUAGGCGAGAAUAAGUUCGAACGAGUUAUCACGGAACGUUCGUUUUGGUACCAGGUCAUUGGCAAUGCCACCUUCUCCGUGGACUCGUUCUUCUUCAUCAGCGGCCUGUUGGUCACACUGCUCUAUGUGAAGCAGGAAAGGAAGCCUGCGGGUCCGCCGUGCACCGUCUUCAAGCGUAGCUUCCUGGACACCAUGAUGAUGUUCUUGUACCGCUAUCUGCGCCUCACGCCCGUCUACCUCUUUGUGGUGUUGUUCAAUGACUUUGCUGUCCGUCAGGGCCUUGACUCGUCCGUCUUCCAGCCGGCCAAGAUCGAGCACAAUACUUGCCGCAUCUUUUGGUGGCGCAACAUUCUGUACAUCAACAACUUCUUUCCCCAGCACGAGAUGUGCAUGAUGUGGAGCUGGUACAUGGCCAACGAUAUGCAGUUCUAUGUCAUGGCUUGUCUAUUGCUGGCGCUCUCCAGAAAAUACUUCAAGGCGGUGGCAGUGACACUGGUUGUCUUUCUGGUCAGCUCUUGGAGCGUUUCGGGCAUUAUUUCAUUGCAGCAUCAAUACACCCACAAGGUGGCGCUGCCCUUUGAGUCCUUUGACUUUCUCUACGACAAACCCUGGCAGCGUGUGGGAGCCUAUAUAGUGGGCAUGUUUACCGGCUAUGCGCUGUAUAGGGUAAAGACGCCGCCGAAAAUAUCUAGGCGUCUCAAUCUUAGCCUCUGGGCUUGCAGUCUGGGCGUUCUAUUCCUGGUCAUCUUUGGCGUUUGGCCAGGUGAACUGAGCGUCGUGAACACCGCCUUCUAUGUGAGCAUUGGACAUACGGCCUUUGGGUGUGGCCUCGUCUGGAUAGUGCUCUCCUGCUGCUGGGGACUCGCGCCCACUGUCAACGCGAUACUGUCCUAUCGCAUGCUGUGGCCCUUGUCGCGUCUCACCUACUGCGCCUAUCUGAUCCAUCCGAUUAUUAUGUUCAUCUGCUCAUCGCAUAUGAGCGGCACCGUUCAUCUCAACAAUCCCAUGAUACUGACUACGUUUCUGGGCAACGCCGUUGUCUCUUUCGGAUCGGCCUUUGUUAUAUCCGCACUAUUCGAAGCGCCAGUCAUACGCGUACUCAAGAUCUGCUUCAAGAAGUGAACUCUAGCGAACUUAACCGAACGUUGUUAGAAUGAAAUCUAGUUCUAUUGCCUUUUUUGUGUCGUAAUUUGUAUUGUAAAGUGUAUAUAACUGUAGAUAUACGAGUCCGUUCCCAUAUGUAUAUCGACAGGUUGCUAAUGUUUAAUAUUAACAAUUAUGUUUAACUAUAUCCUUAUGUUAUGUUUCUAGUUGGUUUUGUGUGCGAGUGGUAUGUUCAAG